AUAGAAAUGGCUUCAUCAAAAUUUUUAAUCUCUCAGCUUCGUCAUCUAAUCUCAGGCCGCUGCUGCUUCUUCUUCUGCUUCCUUCUGUGCUUCUUCUUCCUCUUCUGCGAGAGAUGCAGAUCUGAAUCUUCUGUUGCAGCAAAGACUGAUCCUAUUGAAGCACAAGCAGUGAACACGAUACUCGGUCGGUGGGGAAAGACGGAAUCAUCGCUGUGGAAUAUCAGCGGCGAGCUAUGUAGCGGCGUCGCCAUUAACGGCACCAAUACCGGCCAGCUCAAUCCCAGCAUUAAAUGCGAUUGCACCUUUCACAAUGGCUCUGUCUGCCACAUUACCAUAUUAAGGGUGCAAUAUCAGGAUCUAGCCGGACCAUUCCCUGAAGAGAUUAGCAACCUCACUUAUCUUACGGAUCUGAUUUUAGGGGGGAACGACUUGACCGGUCCAAUUCCGGCUUUUAUAGGAAACUUAUCAUCACUGCGGUUCCUGUAA